CACCGCAGACAAAAACCCUCCCGGCUCCGCUGCCCCGUUGCCUGCGGCCCAUCAAGCGACGUGCAGCUGCCUGGCCCACAACGAGCAAGGUCCGCUGUCAAGCGUCACCCUACCUCGCACGAACCUCACCCCCGAACCGUCUCCGGUCUACACAGCGAAACCACCGUUCGCCGUCUGGCGCCGGGUCCACCGGAAAGCCCGCCCUUCGCUCGGAAACCCGGGCCCUCAGCGCGCCGCCACCCCCGGCCACACCCUGUUGCCCGUCCCCCCGUCCACCACCGCCAGCCGCAAGACCCGCGUGCGGUGCGGGCAGAUGCACGGGCACCUGCGGACGGCGCGGGCGACUUUCCCGCGGAUGGACGAGCGCCCGAAGAUGAUGAUGAAGGGGCUGAGAGAGUAGUAGACGGAGGUGAAGAAGGCGCGCACGUCGGCCUGCGUGCUCGUCCACUCGGCGCUCAGCCUCUGCACGACGGUGAAGCGCAUGCACACGUUGAUGCCCCAGCAGACGAACGCCAUGACCAUGAGGCACCCGAUCACCUUGGCCGCGUUGAGGGCGGCGGCGUUGCCGGCGCCCCCGGCCCAGCCCCGGUUCCGCGCCACCAGCCGCCGGUGCCGCAGCACGAAGCCGAGCACGAGCGCGUUGGCGGCGAGGAGGGUGGCCAGCGCCGCCACGUCGAGGACGUUGGAGGCCUCCACGAAGGCCGCGGCGCCAUCGGAGGGCGUCACGACGCAGCCCGAGAUGUGCAGGAAGCCGCCGGCUCGCCAGUCGCCUCGCGAGCGCACGUCGAACGCCAGCAGCGGCGCCGACGUCAACGCGCAGACGGCGCACGUGGCCCCCACGAGGCGGGCGGCGGCGGCGACGGCGCCGCCGCGCGGGCCCGACAGGAGGCGCGAGAGCGCGGCGGUGAGGCGUCGCAGGCGCGGGCUUCCGCGGGGCUCGACUCGCGCGAGCUGCAGCGCGCUGAGGAGCACCGUGAAGGCGAGGCUGCAGGAGCGCAGGGCGUUGACGGUGUAGAGGAGCGCCUUGCAGGCGCCGUCGCUGAGCGCCAGCGAGUCGAGCGACGCCAGCACGUACGGCGUGUUCUUGAAGACGGACGAGAGCAGGUGCGACGCCGACAUGCCGAUGACCACGAGGUCGGCGGGAGACGGGCGGCGCGAUUGCGAGAAGGCGGCGAGCACGGCCGAGUUGCCGCACACGCCGAGGACGCUGCGCCACGUCUCGUGUCGCAAGCGGGGAGACUUCGCCGCCGCCGCCGCCGUGCGAGAGAGACCAGCUCGGCAGCGUCGCUCCGCCGCCGUCACUGCUGCUGCCGCUGCAGCCACCGUCUCCCCCCUCUCCUCGGACGACUCAUGAAGCCGCCGGGCAGUAAUGUGAUGAAUAAAUACGAGUUCCUGCAGAUCGUGGGAGAAGGUGCCUACGGAGUGGUUAUGAAAUGCCGACAUAAGGAGACGAAUGAGAUUGUGGCCAUCAAGAAGUUUAAAGACAGUGAAGACCGCGAUGAUGUCCGGGCGACGACGGCACGUGAGCUGGCCGUCCUGCGGCGCUUGCGUCAGGAGAACAUCGUCGAGCUACGGGAGGCGUUCCGGCGACGAGGGAAGCUCCACCUCGUCUUCGAGUAUGUGGAGAAGAACAUGCUUCAGCUUCUGGAGGAGUUGCCGAACGGAGUUCCACCAGAGAAGGUCCGAAGUUACAUCUACCAGCUUGCGAAGGCCAUUCACUGGUGCCACCACAACAACAUCAUCCACCGAGACAUCAAGCCAGAGAACCUCCUCAUUGGCUUGGAUGACGUCCUCAAGUUGUGUGACUUUGGUUUCGCCAGGAACCUGUCUGAUGGCAGCAACGCCAACUACACCGAGUACGUGGCCACGCGUUGGUACCGCUCCCCAGAGCUGCUGCUCAACGCUCCCUACGGCAAGUCGGUGGACAUGUGGUCCGUGGGCUGCAUCCUGGGCGAGCUGAGCGACGGGCAGCCCUUGUUUCCCGGCGAGAGCGAAAUCGACCAGCUCUACACCAUCCAGCGGGUCCUGGGACCUCUGCUGCCUGACCAGAGGCAGCUGUUCCUCAGGAACCCACGCUUCCAUGGCCUGAGGUUCCCGACCGUUGUCUAUCCCGAAACGCUGGAGCGAAGAUACCUCGGUGUUCUCAGUGGUGUGAUGCUCGACCUCAUUAAGAACUUGCUGCGGUUGGACCCGGAGGAGCGUUUCGACGCGGGACUCAGUCUCAACCACCCAGCGUUCCUCACACAGCGCCUGCUGGACCGCCCAACGCGGGACUGCCCUCCCGCCCAUCCCAGCCACAAGCACGGAUCUCCCGCACAGCACAGCCCUCGGGAAAACGAGGAUGCCGGGACUGCCCCCUCUGUGGAUUACAACUCCAGGAGCGGCGCACAACAAUUGGCCACAGCUGCCAGCGUCACCUCCGCCACUCUCCCCGCUCACAACAACAACAACAACAACCACGACCGCGACAACAACAAUCGCUGCCCAGGAUCGCCCUCCUCCCUGCCACAGCCUCCCACCACCGGCAGCGGCACGCACCCACUGCGGCACCACGACAGCGCCAGCUCCAGCGAGCAACUCAACGGCGCGCUCCCGUCACUCCGAACCAGCGGGCGGUCCCAGGUCUCAUCGGGGGAGCCAGCGCCGAUCAACGGCACGACCGCACCACUGCGCGUCUCCACGCGACGCGCGCCUGCGCUCGAGAAGCGUCGCUCGUUGGGCGCCGUCCCGGUUGUGCCGACCGGUGCCAAAACCUUGACCAGCAGUGGCUCGGAGCAGAGCCUCAGCGGACGAGAGAAGCGUCUCUCGUGCAGCAGCGACACCGCGGAGGUUGCGUCCACCGCCAAUCCUGCCGGUGGCGUUGCCGGCGUCCGUUCGUGGAAGGAAAGCGCCGAGUCGAUCGCUACGUCGCCGAGAAGCUCGGAGGCCGGCGCCGGCUGCCGGUACCUUAAGUCGAGCGGGCAGCGUCAGAGGCGGGAUGCUUAUGCCCGCUCCAUGGUGGAGGACCGCUUGCUGCGGGUCGACGUGCCGAUCGAACCGAGGGACGAACCGCGAGCCCUCGCCGAGUCGGUGGGUUCACUCGUCCGGCGACCCGCGGCACCGCCGCCGCCGACGGGCGCUGGCGGCGCCGUGAGGAACGGCCGCCAGGUGGGAGUUGCUGGUGAGGGCCGGCUGCUGAGGUGGCGUAAUGCUGGACCGGCGGCGGCGGUGCCAGCGCCGGUGGCGGCGGUGACGCCAGGAGCGUUGGGGCAAGUGGCGGCCGGCACGCGGCAUUCGUACGGCGGCGCCGAGAGCGAGAGGGAGGGGACGAGGAGGCGCCGGUGCGAGGCACCGGUAGGGACGCUGACGGGCGGCGGUUCCUGUUCCUGCGUCGACUGUGGUGCGGGAGAUGCGAAGGCUGUGCAGAGGCGCGUGAAGCCGUCGUUUCUGAGAGUGCUUUCUCGACAGCCUGCGCGGGCCCCCCAUCAUCGACACACGAUGGCCUGUCCGGGCGAUGUUGAUUUCUUGGCAUUGGCGGGAGCCUCCAAAGAGAAUACUCCAGUGUGUCGGGAAUCGAGCAACGGGGUUCACAGAUCCAAGCCCCAACUCGGAUCAGAUCUGCCUGCAUUGGAUGGUGCCACCAGGAUCACAAGCCGAGACUCGGACGCGCACGGCUGCCCCAAACGGAUGUCUACCUUUGACCUCUGGAGAGGACUGGAUGUUUCCAUAAGCAGUGGUGCCGCCGCAACCACCACCACCGCCGCCGUCUGCCGCACCAAAGAGGAGCGGCUGGGCUUCCUGCAGGCCAUCCGCAAGAAGACAAAAAGCCAGGUUCUUGAGCCAGAUAUCUUAAAGGACAGAGGCGGUGCUGUUCGUGGUGGCGGCGGCGGUGAUGGCGGCGGUGGCGGCGGUGGCGGCGGCGGCGUGUUGUUGUGCCGCUCGACAGAUCCACCUCCACGCAUGCGUCGCUAUAACGGCGAGCGCAGCGCCGACUCGGUCUCAUCCACCGCCUCCACGACCUCCUCCUCCACCUCGCACGCACAGCCAAUCAGACUGUUGGGCCGACCUUCUGCGACGGCGGCAGCAUCCGCCAAUCCCGUCGUGGCUCCAGAGCCCCGCCUACAACCUUUCUUCCACCACCACCAUCAUCAUCAACAGCAUAAUCAGCAGCAGCAGCCAGUCCGGAGCGAGCGGCGCCACCUGCAGCCGUACCCUCUAAGGCAAGCGACGUGGGGCGACCAUGCCGCAAAACCGCAGAGGCCGACGUUGGCGUUGGCGACGUCCACGGCGCCGGCGCUGGGCGGCGGGAAUCACAGCGCCCAGCCCGUGCAGCGCUCCGUGGCGCCGGAAACUUUGCCAAAGAAGCCGUGGGAUGUGAAGGCCCGCCUUGCCGGUGGCGCCCAGUACAAGAGGCACGGCGUGAGCGAGCUCAGAGAGACGGCGCUGUGAGCCAUGGGCCUGAGAGUGAUUUGUAGAGUAUUGGCAGUGGGUGUUGGUGUUUUGCAAUCGCAGGGAUUGACUCCGAGAGUGGCUGAGCGAGCAGCAGCUGCCAAAUAAUAAUGAUCAUCAUCAGCAGCAGACGUAUCAUUAAUCCAUCAUUAUCAUCAUUAUCAAUCCAUCCACCCAUCAUCAUCGCCUUAGGGGCAGAUGAAAUGAUUUGCCCCAAUUUCUGCAGUCUGCAGUGGGUGCUCUAUAGGGAGACUGGUCCUUGCCAUAGGAAUGUGGACUUUUCCCUUCCAACUCAGCACCCCCUGUGGAGAUGAGCACCACUCUGCACACAUGGCACAAGUGUUUGAAAAAAAAAGAUUUUCUUUUUAAUUAUUUUUUACAUUUAUUGAACAUAUUGGAGUUUUUGUUCCUUUAAUUUCUUUAAAGCAUGCAAUGAUAAUCAACUCUCAAUUACUGCAUUCCUCAAGGAUGCGAAUCAUUUAAGUCGCCUAGCCCCACCUUAAGAAGCAAAAAAGCUUUUAAUCGUUAAUGUUCUCUGAAAAAUAUUUUGCAAUAAUCCUUGUAAAUAUCGCGACGGAAAGAUUUGUUUGGUUUUCGUGGUAAUUUUUGUUCGCGUCUUUGCUUCGUGUGUUGCCUGUCACUGCGACGCACGCGCACAUGUGUGCCACCUCUUCGUACAGUUAUUUAUGCGGUGUGCUGUUACCCUCUUUUUUUUAUUGUACCUCGUUUCGUCCGAUCUUUUGUUUAUCACUUUAAUUAGCACGCACUUUUGCAAUAAUCUUUGACCGAAUGAAAGCACCAAUCCGCGAAAUGGACGGGUCGUGGAGUCACGAGUCUAGGCUGUGUGUCCGGCGUUUGAAAUUUCGUUAACCGAGAAGUCGUGUGUGUUUGUGUUGCAUCGCUUGACCGUUUCGUCCCGUCUGUGCUGUCUGUGUUCAACCACCAUACCGUAGGCCACAACUCACCGCACUGCAGGUCAUAACUCUUCUUAUUCUGCAUCGUAGAGGUUUUUUGGGUUAGAUGGCGUAAAUAUAAAUUUGUUGUUAAACCCGCCACCACCCGACAAUUAGUAAGGUUUGUCACUUAAACAAAACGUGCUAAUUAGUUACUAAUCAGCACACCGGUGUGUUGGUGAGUAAACCCACCACAAUAUUUACAAUUUGAGUAAAUGUAGGUUUACUCUCCUACAUACAACCGGUGUGUUGGAGAGUACAACGAGACCCCGGUGUCUGUCUCGCUUUUACUGCACGGGUUGUCACGAAGGAAGGCGCCGCCGGUUCUCCUGCGGUAAUUUCACAGUGGGGGGGGGGGGGGGUGGUGGGGGGGACGGGCGAUGUUGCCAUGCGGUUCAUCCCAAUUGAGUAAUUUGUGGGUACAUUUGUAAAUUUGGACCGUGUAGACCCGGCAUGCAAUGGCCGACCGUUUUUGAAAAGACAUCACACGUGAUCUGAAGCAGGCAGACGGCAUGUAGUAUUGUGCAGUGAAUACACCCUGCAGUAUUAACCGGGGGUGGCCCACCAAAUUUCAAACCGGGUACCUCUUCAACAAGCGUUGAACGCUGCUGCUUGCACAGUGGGCCUUGUCAACGCCCUGAAAAUAUCCCGCCCCAGGUCGCGAUCAGUGCGGCUAACUAAGAUGCUUACGGUGACGAGAUGAAUAUUGCUUUGGCGGCCAUUUCAAAGUGCAGUGUCGCUGCUCCACCAUUGCCUCGGUGACUUCAUCACAAAGUUUGCUCAACAACGAAGCUUCGAACUCGUGCAUGGGUCAGCCUGGGCAUGCGGCCCCAAGGCAUGUGGCUACAACAUGAGAGCUGUUUUGUGUUCUACUUGAUACUUUGAACAGCAAUAAUAUCUAAGUGCACUCAAGUAUAGCUUUUGAUGUUUACCUUGGCAGAACUAUUAUUGUUACUAUAGCAAAUCUAUCUUCUCUCCUGUUUUGUAAAGCGUUACUAAGACGUCAUGCAAUUAAAGAGCUGGUUGGUUCUGAA